AUGGGCGUAGACCUCACCGGAGUGCAGAAGAAGAAGCGGGUGGUACGCCACCACACCUACUCGACGAACCCGUACAUAAAGCUUCUCAUCAAGCUGUACAAGUUCCUUGGGAAACGUACCAAUUCCCCAUUCAAUAAGCUCAUUCACAAGCGUCUGCUCAAGAGCCGUAACAACCGUGCGCCCAUCUCACUCAGCCGCAUUGCUGUCUGCAUGAGGCGCCGCACCGUAUGGCUUAAGAAGGGGAAGAAGUCACCAAUUGCCGUCAUUGUUGGUGACGUGCUCGAUGAUGUUCGCAUGACCCGCAUUCCAGCCCUCCGUAUCUGCGCCCUCCGCUUCUCGAAGAGCGCCCGCGAGCGCAUUACUGGUGCUGGUGGCGAGUGCUUAACCUUUGAUCAGCUUGCGAUGAUGGCACCGACGGGGAAAAACACGAUGUUGCUCCGUGGCCGUAAGUCUGGACGCGAAUCAGUGAAACACUUUGGCGCUGCAGGUGUUCCUGGAAGCCACGCGAAACCGCAUGUGUCGUCACGUGGAAAGGAAAGGCAGCGCUCGAGCAAACGGCGUCACGCCUUCCGUCACAAGUAG